AUGGACCCACUAGAUGAAAUGAACAAGUCAGCACGUAGUGUACGUGUGUCGAUUCAUAAUACAACAGCCAAGAAGUUGGUAUUGAAAUCACACCCACUCAUCUCUGGUCAGUGGAAAGUACAACCACCCGAUGUAAUUGUACCAAUGAGUACAAUUGAAUUUGGAAGUGAAUCUACAAAUAUUUUGGGUGGUACUGAAGCUGGUUCGAUCUAUGGCUUCGAAGGAGGUAAUGACGAUGGAGUUUUCGAGUUUUUCUGGAAUAAUCCUUAUUUUGGAAAGAGAGGAUUCCGUCGUCUUCCUCCAAUUGGUUAUGAAUGUGACUUGAAGGAUUUCGGUCAGAAUAACGCUACAUUGAGAUUCACUAUCAAAGAGAUUGAUAAUGGAUACCUUCGUGAGGUUGAAGACUUGGAAAAGGAUAUAAAGACAUUGAGUACUGUUAUCAAUGAAACAGAUGGAGCUAUCAAGGGAAUGGACAAGAUGAAACAGGUUUAUCAAUCACAGAAGGAUUUGAAGCAGGCUACUCUUGUUGAGAACAACGUCAAGGAGAAGACCAAACUUCUCGAGGAAUUGAGACUGAAGCGUGAGAGUCUUCAGAAUGAGAUUACAAAGAUCAAGCAACUCGAAUCUGAUCCAAAGUUCAUGGAGCAGAAUCUUAACAAGCUGCGUGAGAACAUCGACAAGACCGUCAGAGAUCGUAAGGCUAUGGAGCACAUGCGUGAAGUAUACGAGAAGCAAAAGGAUGUCAAUUCGAUUCAAGGUCUCGACAAGCAGAUCGAAGUCAAGAAGAAAGAAACAGACACCCUCAGAAAGAAGGAGCAAAAGGUGAUACAAAAAGUUAUCGAAUUGAAGAAGCAAAUGGGAAUCGGUGGCACCGGUGUUGUAUUGCCAGCCAAGAAGCGUGUAGAGGCACUCUACCAAUACGAGAAGUCGAGUGAGGAUGAGAUCUCUAUCUCGCCAGGUGAUAUUAUCGAGGUGAUCCACGACGACAAUGGUGAGUGGCUCGGUGGUCAGUUGAAUGGACAGGCCGGAUACUUCCCACGUUCCUUUGUCAAGUUCCUCGAGGACGAACCAGUCGCCGCUUUUGGUGCGCCAGCCGAGUCUGCACAGCAGGAUGCCGCUGGUGGUGUCGCCACCGAGCAAGACUUUGCCGACCUCUAUCCAAAGGCAAGAGUAAUAUUCGACCACACCGCAGCAGACGAAGGAGAACUCAAUCUCAAAGUAGGUGACACCAUUGCAGUCUACGCAUGGGAAGACGACUACUGGUGGGAAGGUUUCAUCGGUAGCAAAUCCGGUUACUUCCCAUGCAACAACGUAGAGUGGAUCGAGCCAGAGCACGACGACACAGCCAUUCACUCUGGAACCUAUUCAUACUACGAAACCACAGGUGAAUCUGUUCCAGAGGAACACACCCAAACACCUGCACCAACUCCAGUUGUUGUUGCUCCACCAACCCCUGCACCAACUCCAGUUGUCGUCGCCCCAACCCCGGCACCAACUCCAACACCAACUCCAGCACCCGCUAAAGUACUACCAAAGAGAGAACUCCCAAGUGCACCAGCUCAAAAGCCAGCAGUUGUACAUCAUACUCCAGCACCAGCUGCUCCAACAUCAGCCCCAACACCAGCACCAGUCGCACCAGUUCACCAUACUCCAGUUGUACAUCACACUCCAACACCAGCAACAGUUGCACCAGUUCACCAUACUCCAACACCAACACCAGCUGUUUCAACACCAGUAGUUCAACAACAACCAACACCAGAUACCAAGAAGUCACCAGCAGUAAGCACACCAACCGCAUCUUCACCAACACUUUCAUCAGCAUCUACACCAGUAUCAACAGCAGGAUUCGACAAACUUCUUCAACCAAUCAUUCAAGAACUCACCAAACAACUGGUUGAUGCUCACCAAAAAGAAACACAAGCACUUCAACAAAGAAUUGCUCAGUUGGAAAAGGAAGUAAAAGAACUCCGUGAGUCCAAAGGAUCUCCAUCCAUUCCAUCCUCAAAGCCAGCCGGAACAGUCACAUCAUUCGCAACUGUUGUCUCAAAGGCUGCUCCUGUUGUUAAAAAAUUAUUCUCAUUAAUAGGAUAG